GUGAGAUUUAGUUUAUCGAAGAGAGCAGUCGAAAUAGAAAUAAUAACAAAACAAAAAUGGCCAGUCAGGCAACAAAUAUAGAAAACAAAGUUAAAGACACUGUUGAAUACAAUGAUUUACUUGCGUCUGCUGGAGAAUUUGGAAAAUAUCAAUUAAUCCUUUUCAUUUCUACUUUUCCUUUCUACGCUUUUGGAGUGUUCGUAUACUUCUCUCAGAUGUUUAUGACAGAGGUAUCACCAAAUCAUUGGUGCAGAAUACCACAGUUAGAAAACUUGACGGAUAUAGAACGAAGGGAUCUUGGUGUACCUAAAGAUGACAAUGCAAGAUUUGGAUACUCACAGUGUGCAAUGUAUUCGGUAAAUUGGAGCGAGGUGUUGACAACAGGACAAAAACCUGAUCCAAGUUGGAGUAUAGUACCAUGUCAAUAUGGAUGGGAGUUCAACAAAACGGAGAUACCAUAUCCUACUAUUUCAAGUGACUUUGAAUGGGUAUGCGAUAAAAAUAGUUACCAGGCAACAGCUCAAUCAAUAUUCUUUAUUGGUUCCAUAUUAGGAGGAUUCUUAUUCGGAUGGAUGUCUGAUCGUUAUGGAAGAAUGCCAGCCGCUGUAGUCAGCAACCUGUUUGGCUUUGUGGGAGGUGUGGCCAGCACUUUUUCCCAAAAUAUGACCCAAUUUUCAAUUGCAAGAUUUGUGAUGGGUAUCGCGUAUGACAACUGUAUGAUAAUGGCUUACUUGCUGGUCCUAGAAUACAUCGCUCCGAAGUAUAGAACAUUAAUGGCAAAUAUGGCAUUUGCUCUAUUUUACUCUCUAGUCGUUACCGUCCUUCCCUGGAUAGCACUAGCUUGUGGACAUUGGAAAACCAUUUCUCUAGUCACUAGCAUACCUUUAGGUUUAGCUAUUUUUGCACCAUUGUUCCUACCAGAAAGUCCAAGAUGGCUCUUAUCAAAAGGCCGAAUCGACGAAGCUAUUAACAGAGUGCUUUAUAUAGGUCGAAUAAAUAAAAAAGAAAUCCCAACGAAACUGAUCGAUCAAUUUAAAGAUUCAGUAACAAAUGUAGAGGAGGAAAAAUCUGAAGGUUGUUUGGAAAUAUUAAAGCGACCAGUGAUAAGAAAAAUGUUUAUACUGGUGUGUAUUGAAUACAUGUGCUGUACUAUCGUCUUUGAUGGACUAGUAAGAAGUAUCGGACAGCUGGACUUCGACUUUUUUGCAUCCUUUUCAAUGGUAUCAUUCACCGAAUUCCCAUCGAUGAUCCUCGUAGCUUUUAUCUUAGACUGGAUGGGCAGGAGAUGGUUAACAAUAAUAGUCAUGACCAUAAGCUGUAUAUUUUGCUUGUUAUCAGUCUUUGCUUCUGGUAUACAAUCAGUUAUAUUUGCUGUGAUUGCGAGGUUUGCUGUAAAUAUGUCGUAUAGUGCGGCAAUGCAAUGGGCAGCGGAAAUUUUACCAACAUCUGUGAGAGGAUCUGGUGUUUCAUUCGUGCAUAUUUGUGGGUGCCUAGCAACAGUUGUAUCACCAUAUAUUGUAUUUUUAAAAGUCUAUAUUUACUGGUUACCUCUUGUAGUGGUAGCUUCUGUAGCUGGAUUAGGAGUCCUAAUAGCUUUGGGAUUGCCUGAAACUGCCUGUAAAGAUAUGCCCCAUACAUUUGAUGAUGCUGAGAAAUUAGCGAGCAACCAAAGGUUUUGGACGCUCCCUUUCCUAGAGCAGAAAAAACUGGCCAAAGAGGGACAUAUUAAUGAAAGCUUUGAUAUCGAGAUAUAAAUUUUACGAAAAAAGUGUCUAAGGCCUGGUAAACAAAACUUAAUGUUGUUGCGUAGUACAUCACAUCUGGUACAUCUGUUUAAAUAAAAAGAUUUGAGUGCUUGACU